AUGGACAUCAGGCAAGAUGAAAAGCAACGAAGACCGGUGUCGCAAUGGUUCCCGAAUGCAGAGUGGAUGAAACAUUUGCCCUUAUCGCAGUUCGUUGCGGAACACAACAGUUACCUGAGUAGCAAACUCAAGCGGACAGGGCUCGGAGUCAAAGCAGAGCUGAGAAGCAUUCUCAAUUCCGUGCCGGAGAAAUAUGAUGCCCCCUUGACAGAUCCGAAGAAAGAGAUUGAUCUGCUGCAGUCGCUAAAUGCUAUGCCACUCCAUGUGUUGUCCAACUACGUCCACAAACACGCUGAAGACCUUGGGGCAGCGCAUACUACCCUGGACCAGAGACGAUCUGACGGUGUCCGAAAAGCCUGGUCAAAGACGGAGAGGUUCGUCAUGCAGUUCGAUAGGUUUCUAAAUGCCUACUCUGGAAUCCUAGACAUUGUCAAAACAGCCGACGCUCAAUACGGCGGAAUAGCUGGCUCAACACUCACGUUGCUUUUCUCGACUGUGAAGCUGAAGAUCAAGAACGAAGAAGCCAUCGUGUCCGCAAUGGAGCAGAUAUCUGAUCGUCUUCCAGACCUGGAGGUAUACCGGAAGAUCUACCCUGAGCCAAAACUAGGCUUGAUGCUUGUUGAUGCCUACAAGGACAUCAUCAUGCUUGCACGAGCAGCGACAACUUACUUUCUUGGGUCGACUUGGGGACGCCAAGUGAUCAAUUUUGGAAACCCACUUGGUUUUGAGGUCCUUGAACAAAACAUGAGGGACAACUUCCGGCGUAUCCGGAUAAGAUGCGACGUCCUCCUAGCGCAACGCGUGGAUGAACUUGCGAACGAGCUCAAAGAUAGUUACGAGCGUGAAGACAGAACCAGGGUCGUUUCGUUACGCGAUGCGCUGAACAUUGGGAGUUAUCGAACCGAGGAUGCCGUGCUCUCGCUGAAGCAGUAUCGCAAGGCGCUAGCAUCCAGCUUCGAUGACGACAGACAUCGCUCAAAGCUAUGCAAAUCAAAUUUGAUGGCCGAAAAAAAGGCACGCGCCUGGCAAGAGAGUUCGUCCUGUCUACUUAUGCUCUCGGGCUGCAAUGAAGAAGGUGUCGGUGAAGUGGCACUGUCCUGGCUAUCUCCAGUGGCUGUGGAUAUCGUGCUUGACCGGCUGUUUCCACCCCGACCAGUUGCCUUUGAGAUCUGCAACAGAUCAAGCACGUUGCAGAAUGUGCUAGCGCGGUUGAUCUUCCAGCUAUUAGAGAAGAAUCCGGCAGUAGUCCGAAAAGGCCAGGACUGGUACGACAUCCAGUCGCACAUUGCCUGGGACGGUGAUUCAGAAGAAAAGACCGAGCAUCUCUCGGAAGCCUUACUCAAGAUCAUCGAUCUUCAGACAGAGGAGGUGUACGUUGUUAUAGACAGACCUGAGCUCAGCGAAGAUGAUUCCGUAAGAGACUUCGCUUCGGGCAUGCUCCAUUUGGUCGAGCGAACGAGAAAUGUUCUGAAAGUACUGAUCGUCCAUCGAGCUGAACUCUGGAACUGGGAGGAGAACAAGCGAAGUGUCAUCAGGAAGGGUAUGAGAGACGACAUUUGCCAAGCGCUUCGCAUGGAUCAAUGCCGGUUGGAGAGCGAUUAG